GACCAACAAGAGACACAGGCUAGCAACUGAAAUGAGCUCCCUCGCCAUGAACUCCCUGCUCGCCACCUUGGCAGUUGCCGUCCUUGCCCUCUUCCCGAUUGCUGCUGUCGGAGCUGGCCUGAAGGUCGGGUUCUACAGCAAGACCUGCCCAUCCGCGGAGACCCUGGUGCAGCAGGCAGUGGCUGCUUCCUUCAAGAAUAACGGUGGUGUCGCUGCUGGCCUCAUCCGAUUGCAUUUCCACGACUGCUUUGUGAAAGGUUGCGACGGCUCAGUCCUGAUCGACUCAACUGCAAACAACACUGCUGAGAAGGACGCAAUCCCCAACAACCCCAGUCUCCGCGGGUUUGAGGUUAUUGAUGCUGCAAAGAAGGCCAUUGAGGCCAAAUGCCCCAAGAUAGUCUCAUGCGCUGACAUCCUUGCCUUUGCCGCCCGAGACAGCAUAGCACUAGCAGGUAAUGUUACUUACAAGGUGCCUGCUGGUCGCCGUGAUGGCAGGAUAUCCAGUGACCAGAAUGCCCUGAACAACCUCCCCUCGCCGCUCUCAACGGCAUCUGAGCUGGUAGGCAACUUCACCUUGAAGAAUCUCACAGCUGAGGACAUGGUCGUCCUCUCCGGUGCCCACACGAUAGGUGUCUCGCGCUGCUCGUCCUUCACGAACAGGCUAUAUGGCUUCAGCAACACCAGUCAGGUUGAUCCUACAAUGAGCUCUGCCUAUGCUUUCCUGCUCAAGAACAUAUGCCCUGCCAACAGCAGCCAGUUCUUCCCAAACACAACGAUGGAUAUGGAUAUCAUCACCCCCGCGGUGCUUGACAAUAAGUAUUAUGUGAGUCUGAUAAACAACCUAGGCCUAUUUACGUCAGACCAAGCAUUACUCACAAACUCAACUCUGAAAGCAUCAGUGGACGAGUUUGUGAAGAACGAAAAUAGAUGGAAGAGCAAGUUUGUCAAGUCCAUGGUUAAGAUGGGGAACAUUGAGGUGCUAACAGGAACACAAGGAGAGAUUAGGCUCAACUGCAGGGUCAUAAACAAAGGGAGCACUGGUCUUGAGUUUAAUUCUGGUAUCAACUCUGGUGAAUUCACUGAAAUAGCAACAAGCUAGUGGGUGCUGUGGACUGUGGUCUCAAGUAAUGCAGUAAAUCGAACUUUUAGGUUGUUGCUUUGACAAGAAUAAAAGAAAACAAGCAUACAAAAACUGAAGGAAAACAAAAGAUUGUCCUGUUUUCUGUUUUGCCUCGUGUAUGACUAAGUGCUUUGUUGUAUCAAUACAGAAACAAAUUUUCAGCAAAAUGUUGCGCAUCGAAAUAAUGCAUUGUGAAUUUAAGCAAGAUGACAA